AUGAGCAACAACAACAACACAUCUCGCGAGUCCCUUCGCUCGUCUUCGGAAGCCUCGUCCUCCUCCUCCUCACCAACCACCACUAUUAACUCUGCUUCUCGUCCCCCUACCACCCGUGGGCACUGCCUCGCAUCUGUGGGCUCGAUUCACACUAAUUUCGUCUCUCGCCGCCAGGAUAGCAACAACGCCGUCGAGCGCAAUUCACCCCAAAAGUUUCAAAGUUGUGUGUUUGCUUGGCUCAAAUCGAAAGAGUCAAUGCCAGUGGCACGAAACCAGAUGACCAGAUUGCGGCAGCCAAGAGCCUGUAUUGGCAGUGGCAUCAAACUGGAACACUGCUGGAAGGUUCUCCGCUAUGUAGAAAAGUGGCGCAACCAGACCGAAAGAAGUACAAGAAGAAGAAGAAGACCUGCUGCCGCCACUACCAAUGGCAGUGACGGCGAGGAAAACGACAACGAUGGCCAUAGCCGACCGAUUGGCCGCAAACAGGCUAAGCGCCAGGCCACCGACAACAACCAAUGGGAGACGAUGUGUGCCGAGUCGUUGGCCAUUGAGCGUGAGCAGCUCGCUCUCUCACGAGAACGAUCUGCUGCUCUCGCUCAAAUGGCUGACAGGAAAUUAUGGCGACCCCCAUGGACGGCAUGGACGACCUCGCCUGUGCCUAAUUCACGGCUAUAA